CUCCCUCGCUCCGCCAACCCUUCUUCUCCAUUGAUCCAUCAGCCGUAGCGUACGUAGCAAUGGGGUUCACGGCGCGGCCCGCGGUGUGCAUCUUCGCCGUCCUCUUCCUGGCGGCGGCGGCGGCGGCGCAGGCGCAGGUGGAGGUUGAGGCGCCGGAGUCGUGCGCGAACCCGGUGAGCGUGGAGGCGGCGUGCCGGGGGGCCUCCGACACGCACCACGGCGUGGACUACGAGCACUGCGUGCGGUCCCUGAACGCGGACGCGCGCAGCGCCGAGGCGUCCGGCGGCUCCGGGAUCCACGGCCUGGCGGUGCUGGCCACCCGGAUCGCCAUCGACCACGCCGCCAGCACGGAGGCCAAGAUCGAGGACCUGGCGGAGAUCGAGGCCGAGGACGCCGGCUCCGACCCGGCCCGCCGCGCCCGCUUCGACCACUGCCUGGAGCAGUAUGGCGGCGCCGCCGACCUGCUCCGCGACGCCGUCGACAACCUGCAGGCCAAGGUGUACGGCCUCGCCAUGCAGCAGCUCAUGGCCGCGCUGGGCGCGUCCGAGAGCUGCGAGGACGCAUGGAGGGGCACCCCGGCGCACGGCGUCCCCGUCGCCGCCCACGACCGCGAGUACGGCCGCAUGGCCCACAUCGCCAUCGGAUUCACCCACGCCGCCGCCGCCUGAUCAUCGUCCGACCUCUGCUCAGCCCAGAUGUUCUCGAUCGAUCGCCUCCAUGGAUCGUCGAUCGUCCAUCUUCUUGCAUGGAUUGGAUUUCUUCGUCACCAUCACCCACCAUCCAUUAUUGAUUAAUUAAUUAUAUAUA